UCCUAUAAACUACCCACUCUCUCACACACGAAUCAUCAUUCAUCAGUUUAUAUAACACUCUCACGUACAAAUCCACAGAUUCAAAUCAAAACCAUUUCUUCAUCAUCACACCACAUCAUGGCCAUUGCACGGUGGCUCAACCAAACCGUAGGCCUCUUCGUCUUCUUCUUACUCGACAUUUUAGAUUUCUUACUUUGUUUUACUUACAAGACGUUAGAUUUCUUCUUCGAAUCCGAAUGGAAACCCUGUUAUUGCUCUUCUCCACUCGAGGCACAAGCCAAGACCAGGAAGAUCAUAGUGUCCGAACGAGGAGAGUACUCAAAAGUUGUGUCUAUGACAAGAACUAAGAUCCAUUUCGACGAGAUCUCAGACACACUUUACUCACGUGGUCCUUCGCUUCUAAUGAGGCUCUCUAAGCUCGUGAGUUCCGUGAAAUGCUUUAAUUACAAAGGCGUGAUCAUGAGAGGCAGUGUGGUGGAAUCUUGUGAUCAUAAUUAUGAGUCUAAGAAGAAGAUUUCUAGUGGUAACAAAAAGAGAUUAAUGACUUUGAAUUCUACGGUCGUUGAGAAGUCUCCGACAACACCAAGAUGGUCAGAUUGUAAUUGCAGCUUUUGCACUUCUUGGCUUUCUCCUUCCAACAAAGAUUCUCUAUUUGUCAAAGUUCAACAACCUAAAGAUAAUAAGAAGGCAAGAGACAACGUUUUGUUCAUACAUGGCUUCUUAUCAUCAUCCUCCUUUUGGACCGAGACUCUCUUCCCAAACUUUUCUGAUUCAGCUAAAUCUAAUUAUAGGCUCAUCGCAGUCGAUCUUUUGGGUUAUGGAAGAAGUCCAAAGCCAAACGACUCGUUGUAUACACUAAGAGAACAUUUAGAGAUGAUUGAGAAAUCGGUGAUCGCUCAGUAUAAACUCAAAAAGUUUCACAUAGUGGCUCACUCUUUAGGCUGUGUUUUGGCUCUUGCCCUCACCGUUAAACACCCUGGAGCUAUCAAGUCCCUCACUCUCUUGGCUCCGCCAUUUUACAAGGUGCCAAAGGGAGUAAAUCCGGCGCAAUACGUGAUGAGGAAAGUGGCUCCUAAGAACAUUUGGCCACCGAUGCAGUUUGGUGCAUCGCUGAUUAGCUGGUACGAGCAUCUUGGCCGCACCGUUUGCCUUGUACUCUGCAAAAGCCAUCGCUUGGUCGAUUCCCUCACUCGCCUCUUCACCUUAAACAGGAUGCGAACGUAUUUGAUAGAAGGAUUUUUAUGUCACAUACACAACGGGUCGUGGCACACUUUACACAACAUCAUCUUCGGAUCAGGAGGCAAGCUCGAGUCGUAUCUCGACCAUGUUCGUGACCACGUGGACUGUGACGUCACCAUAUUUCACGGUGGCAAGGAUGAGGUCAUUCCUGUGGAGUGUAGCUACAGCGUCAAGACCAAAGUGCCACGUGCUACUGUACACGUCAUUCCCGACAAAGACCACAUCACCAUUGUCGUCGGCCGACAAAAGGACUUUGCUCGAGAGCUUGAGCUCAUCUGGCAAAGAUCCACUACUACUAAUAAGUGAAUAUAUAUGAUGAAACUGAAACUUUUUUUAUGAAGUAUAUAAUACCAUGUAAACAAAAGAGUAUAUUUUCAUUUUAUAGCUGGUUAAUAUUUUGUUUUGUUUGUGUCUGUUCGAAGAAGAAAUGUCAAGACUCUAAUUUUGUUUUUUUCCUUUUCUAACAAAGGAGAGUUAAGUAGUGUGCGCAGCCGUACGCUGAAAUUGAUAGAAUAAAUUGU